CUAUUUUAACAUAUAGCAUAUUUGUGCGAUGCAAUUGGAGAUUGAGCAGCAGGCGGCUGCGAAAUGACCUUACAGAGUACAUGCUUCUUAAAAAGUUUAAGUCUUAGUGUACUGUAUUUGUUUGUGUCGUAGGAAAAAAUCUUCAUCGUUCUGAACUCGAUCUUAUUACAACUUGUGCUUCUGGUGCGGAAAUUUCAUCAUUAUUAUUUUGGACAGUAUAUACUGUCUAACCCAAUUUCCAAAACUUUUGGAUAAAACUACAAAUUUUGUUACGUUGUCCUAUAAGCGUGUUGCUGAUUGACUGUUUUCAUAUAGACUGUUAGACCGGAGCUAUGUUAAUGCGUUUGUUGAAUGCUACUUAAUCUAAAUACUAUGCGUCUAAAAUGCCAGAGAAUCCCUAAAUGUACUUCGAUACAAAUGUUUGCCAGAAAUAUGUCAAAAAUUUUCGUGUAGUCUUUUUCGUUCAUUUUCACAUCAGUAUAUAAAAAUUCAUUAUUCUCCGGUAAACAUGAAAGCGAGUGAUGUUUUAUGGCAAUCUACAACAUGCAGUCUUUGGUUGGUGCCAUCGGGAGAUCAACUUUGAAGAAGUUACUUUCCAGAUAUGCAGUUUAGUACAAGGGUUGGUAUUGCGUUAGGUAUGGCUUGACCGAAGUAACUACUAUGGAUUUGGUGUUCAUUUUGUUGUGUUAAUGAGGUGUGGUAACUUGGACCGAUGCAUAUAUGUGCUUGGUCUUACUUUGUAGCUGACUGACUUACUGAGGGCGUGGGUUAGGCCCAUAUUGAGUGAAUGUAAAAAGUUCACAUAUCCUCUUGGGAUUUGUGUGGUCAAGUCAUAAACGGGUUAAUGUGCAGUGCACCCGGCAUCAGCCUUUACCGGAGUACGAGUUACUAGUAAAAGUAGAAGUACGUCCACUCAGUGUGCUGUAUCCUCAAGGAAAAAAGUGAAGUGAUGGUUAGUGAAUUUGCUAUAACAUCAUAUGUUUGGGGACUAUAUGAGAUCAUUCAAAAUCGUUUUAUGUCUAUAAACGUCAUCAAGGUGUAAAACAAUCCAGUCUCAAUAUGGCAUCUAUGGUCUUUUUUAAUAGGUAGUCGGCAGCCAAAGUUUGCAAUCUAUCGUUCGCCUAAAGCGCGUGCGAUAGUUUCACCAGUGAUUUCUGUGAUGAGCACAACUUUAGACCAUUGCGUGAAGCGAUCGAUAUAUCCUAAGAAGCAGUGAUCCAAUUUAUUGCCUCUAAAUAUUCGCCUUAAUGGUUUGUUUUCGGAGUCUUCCAAAUGAAGAUCCACAUUUUGGAGAGUUGUUUCUUCAUCUGGAACUGCAAUCAAGUAGUCGCCAAUUUAUCCAAUGUACAAAUUCAAACUCCCAGAGUAUAUAUUUGGUAAAGCGUUGAAGCAUUUGCGCGGUAUUUUACAGUCGUUAGCCCACACAUAAAACUUCAAUUAGCCCUAAAGUGCUAAUUGCGUCUAUUUUGUGAACGUUUUUUAGGUCAUAGGGAUCUGGUUAUAGGUUCUAAGUCAAAAUUUGGAAACAUGGUUAUAAAUUUUAUGUUAGCCAUCAAAUCGUAGUUGUGAUUCAGGGAUAACAGUUUGAAAUAGGUUUUUCAUUAAGCCUCAAUGGGUGUUGCUUUGAUUCGACCGUAUGCAACGUUGACGACCUAUUUCAAUAGUAAUUUUACUUAAACAUCAUCGCUCACUCGUUGACCAGAUCGAAUUGUGAUUAUUAUAUAAAAGUAUUAAGCUGUAAGCUUGCAGCAAAACAUUUUCCAGUCGGUUGAAGUUUGUUUCAUCGGUAUAAAAAGCAACAAAGUACAUUAAAAUUUAUUUACAUGUAUCUGCCAAGCACUUUUUUUGUCAAAAACAUGUUUGUCUUAAGUGGAUGUCAGGAUGUAUUGUCAUUUUUUUCGAUUCCUUCUAACGAUAGAACGCUGUAUGUAAAAUCCUGAAUUUAGCAGUAAAAAGAGUGAUAUGUCAUUAUUAUGAAGAGUAGAAAUAAGUAGUAUUACGUUAGGUAGUUUCAGUCCAGUUAGGUAGUUAAUAAAAUCAUCAUCAAUCAGAAAAAUAGAAUAGAAGCAGUAAACUAAACGAAAUCUUUGCGAUAGGUAUCUUUCCAUAUAUAUCCUUGAUUGUUUCCCAACGUACUGAUUUACAUAGAUUUUUGGACUAUGUUGUUCUACAUACACCUCCACAAUAAUAAAGUGUAUGUAAUAAGUUAAAAGCGUGAAGUAUCAAUGUGAUUGGAAGUUUUGCUAGCAUGUUCAAUCAUAACUGUUUGCACAUUGGAUGUACCAACAGUUUCACCAUUGGUUUGCAAUAUAAUUCUUGGCAUUGUAAUCUUUCUGAUCAGUGUCAAGAGGCAGAAAGUGAUCGAUUUACCGUAUAUACAGUGAUAUUAAAUUUGUUUCACUAGUAGUUUAUGAAAAAUUACUCGAAAAUUUACCUGUAAAAUGCUUCAUAUAUUAGGUGAAUUUUGAAUAAAAGGUCUACACUUUUAAUAUUGAAUUACCUCACUUGGAUAAUGUAGUAGUUUUAUGCCAUGUAUCAUUUCGUUAUGUUUUACUUGACUACACAGGUAAGAUGUAUGAGGUUUUUGCAAGACCAUUCUCUUUUUCGUAAGAGGGUUAUAUUUUUGUUAAACAAAUACUUAGUUUGCGAUUUCAAACACUUUAGUCAACCAACUUUUCAGUUCACACAAAGAGUGUUUUUUAUAGAAUUCAUCCACCUCUAUUAUACGUUUAUUCCAAUGGUAAAAUUUAACUGUUAAUCUGUUUUCUAGGGAUUCCACGUUUUGCACAGCUGUUAUCUCAAGAAUGAUUCUUCCCUCCUCUGUGCCUAAGCGUAAAAAGGCAGAAAAGGAACUUUUUAAAGAUACUCAUACCAUAGAAUCAAAUGAAAUCAUUUGUAAGUUAGUCAAAUCAUGCGGCAACUAUUUGUUCACUGCGAUAACAGAACAGGGAGAGGAAGUUUUCGUAUCCAUUCCAGAAAGAUUUCGCAAUACAUUCUACUUUGCUCAAGGUGGUUUUGUUGUCUGUUCACCGCUGGAUAGCAAAAAGGUGAAGGGAGAAAUUCGAACUGUGUUACAGAAGGAUAAUAUUAAGGCUCUGAUUAAUGAAGGCCGUUGGCCGGAAACUUUUACUGUAAACAUAUCAAAGGAAUCCUCAAUAAAGAAUGACAAUUAUAUCCCAGAAGAUAUGCUUCCAUCAUUCUCUGAUAGUUCUGACACAGAAAGUGAAUGUAUAUCUGAUAAUAAUUAAAAAUUGUAUGUAUAUUUGUGUGGUUGAUUUCACCACUUAUCAACAGUAAAAUCUCGUUUUUUUUAGAAGCAG